AUGGAUACUAAAACUCCAGUUACUUUAGCAAAGGUUAUCAAGGUUCUCGGAAGAACCGGAUCUAGAGGUGGUGUUACUCAGGUCAGAGUUGAGUUCUUAGAUGACACAUCCAGAACUAUCGUCAGAAACGUCAAGGGCCCUGUCAGAGAGAAUGACAUCUUGUGCUUGAUGGAAUCUGAGAGAGAGGCUCGUCGUUUGCGUUAA